AUGCGAUAUAAACAAACCCUGUUUGAGAUUAACGUCAAAGGAGCGGGAAAGCUGACCUACCUGGGGUAUGCCAAUGACACCACCCUACUGCUGAAUGGUCGCUCGCAGCUGGGGGAGGCUGAACUGCUGCUCAAGGAGUUCGAGCAGGUGUCAGGGUUGGCGGUUAACUGGGACAAGUCAGUGGUGUUGCCGCUGGGGAGUCAACGGGAUAUACCACCGCCAGCGGACGGAGCCUUUAAAUGGGCGUCGCGCAAUGACCCGGAGCGCUUGCUGGGGGUCUGGAUCACACCGGGGGGGGGACGCAAAGCCGUCAUGGAAGAAGGCGCUGAGCAAGAUGGAAGCGGACCUAAAGAAAUGGGAGGCAGAAUUUCUCACCACCACAACGCGUGUGACGGUGGUCAACGCGUAUGUCAUGCCCAUCGCGCUGUUCCAGGCGCAGAUCUACCCUCCGCCGGACACGAUAUGGGAGGAGCUGAGGAGGCUGUGUCACGCUUUCCUCGGAAGGAAGGGGGGCUUGGGGUGACAAAUCUCAAAGACCGCCUGGACGCAGAGGCGCUUCACUCGCUGGCGCAACUGCUUACGGAGGAGAUGCCACAACGGCGACUGUUGGCGGAACGAGCGGCGAAUUUCCCGCUGUGCUAUGCCUCCCUCCUUGCACACGAGGCGUUGCUAAAGGCAUGGGGCACGGGGAGCGAACGCUGGAAGGCAAUCACGGCUGCGGCAAUGUCAUCGCCGGUCGUCCGGAACCUGACGGUCGGGAGCAGAUGGGACAUUGAGAAGGAACGAGUGCUUUUCAACAGGCAUAUCCUGCGUGAUGGCGGGCACCCUUUCGGGCGGCGAAAAGGUGACGAGGCCUUCCACGAGAUUAUGGUGGGGGACGUGCUCAUGAAGUGGGCAGACGACACAAGAAGCUGGAAAUCAACUGAACGAUUGGCGCGGGACCUGGGCAGCAAGUGUGAAAACUAG